GAAAAAUAAGGAGCUCCAGCAGCAGCAGAUGUUGAUCCAGAGCAGCAGCAGCAGAAGAACCUCCAGCACCUUCAGCUUCAGCAGGCCGCAGAUCCGCUGAGAUGUGGCAGCCCGCGAGCGAGAGACUGCAGCACUUCCAGAACAUGCUGAAGACCAAACUGAAUGUUCUGACUCUGCGGAAGGAUCCGUUGCCGACGGUGAUCUUCCACGAUCCAGAGGCCAUCGAGCUCUGCUCCACGACACCGAUCGCCAAAACCCGCACACACACCGGCUACAAGGUGACGUACCUGGGCAAGGUGACGAUCUCUGGCACCCAGUUCCUCUCAGGCUGCACAGAGUCUGCCGUGGUGGGAUUAUGGGAUAUGAAGCGCUCCUCCGUCGCUCUGGAUGACUCCGUCGCCCCUAGCAAUGCCGUCCUAGAGAUCCGCCCGUUCCAGGUGCGUCUGCAUCACCUGGAUGGGCGGGGCGAGGCCACGGUCGCCAUGGACACCUUCCAGGUGGCUCGGAUUGCGUACUGCACAGCGGACCACGAGGUCAGCCCCAACGUGUUCGCCUGGAUUUACCGGCAGAUUAACGACGAUCUGACGUUCCAGAUGGACUGCCACGCCGUGGAGUGCGAGAGCAAGUUAGUGGCCAAAAAGUUAGCGCACUCCAUGAUGGAGGCCUUCAAGAAGACGUUCCACAGCAUGCGGAGCGACGGGCGCAUCCACAAGAGCGGAUCCUCGGACGAGUUUCCAGAAGACUCCUCCACCCCCGACGACGGCUGAGGUGGAGGCCAGGGAGGCGGGGCCUAUUUAGAAGGGGUGUGGCUGGGGGAAUGGGUGGGGCUUAGCGGUCGCCCCACCUCUUUCUCUUUCUUUGCCCUCUCUUUCUGUCUCUGAUGAAGCAUUAAUAAAAAUAAAAGUUCUAAAAAAUCUGACGGUUGAAGGACAGUAAUAAUCUAAAGCUGGAAGGAGGGCAUUGUAGUCUAAAACAAACUGAAAAUCCAGAAAAGACCAAGAGAAAAAUCACCAGGAGCUUCUAUCUGCCUUUCUAGAUCACAGCUGACAGCUGCAUCAUGGCCAUGUUACACAAGCACCUAAACUCAUUAUCAGACUUUUAUUAUGAAGGUACGGCACAUUUUUAUUGUUCUAGACCAUCGUGAUGGAGCGUUCUUCUAGACCAUUGUGAUGGACUUUUGUUUGGGGACAUCACUAUGGAAACUUGUUCUAGAAGAUUCUGAUAGAACUUUGCUCUGUUACAUCACUAUGGAACAUUGCUUUGGAAGAUUGUUCUAGAGCAUCAAUUUGAAACCUUUUUCUAGAACAUUACCGAAACAUUAUUUUACAUCAUCAUCUUGGUACAUUGUUCUAGAACAUCACUACGGAGCGUUGUUGUUGAUUUCUGGAAGAUCCCGAUGGAACACGGUUGUAGAAGAUCGUACUGAAACUUCUUUCCAGAAGGCUGUGAUGGAGGGAUCACCAUUCAAGAUUAUGAAGCAACUUCAUUCUAGAACAUCGUUAAUGGCAUUCUGGAGCAUUGUCUCUACAGCAUCGUGAUGGAGCUUUGUUCCAGAACAUUGUGAUGUAGCUUUGUUCUAGAACAUCAUUACGGGACACUGAAUGAUGCAGUGGAACUUUCUUCCAGGAGAUUGUGGCGGACCUUUCUUGAAAACAUCACGGAGCACGGCUCUAGAAGAUCGGAAAGGAACUUUGUUCUUGAAUCUUGUGAUGGAAGAUUUUUAAAAAGCGAAAAACAUCAUGUUGGAUAACUGUUCUAGAACAUUAUUAUGGGGCAUUGUUCUAGAAGAUGUUGAUGGAUCUAGAUGCUCUCCUCCACCUGAAAGCUGCUGAGAGUUGUGGUCACUCUUAAGGGGGGCGGAGCUUUUCUCUUCUUCCUGUCCCUUUUCUUCUCUUUAGCCAGUCAAAAUCUCAAAGUAUUGCAGUGUUUUUGUUUAGAACCUCAAAAAUUCAGAUCAUCUUUUUGUAGUGAUGAAGUCUAGUGCCUCUGAAUGAAAUGCAGAGAACGUUUUAUUUGGUUUCGUUUCGCUGUCUGGAACAGGCAGCUGUCCCUAGAACGUUCCCUCAGCUUUUACCAGGCCAUAAUUAAGCCACCCUCACUGAGUGAGCUUCACUUUUUGUGUUGUUUUUCUAAGAAUCCCAGAAGUCUGAGUGAUAUUUGUACUGUCUGUCUGUCUGUCUGUCUGUCUGCGGACCAUGAGCCUUCUCACAUCUAUACGGAACGGGUUCUCAACUACAGUAUUACCUAGUCCUGUGUGUGUGCUUGAGGAACAUCUCAGUGAGAGUGUUUGUGUUCCACCCAGCUAGAUGAACAUCUGUCCAGGAACCUGUAGGUACACCCUUAAAAUCUUAAGGUUCAUAAACGGUUCUUGGAUGAUUGGUUUUAGAACAAAGACUUUAAAUUGGUCGAGUCUCAAAAUGUUACAAAGAACCAUUGACAGGUUCUUCCUUACAGUCCACAUUCCUGCUCCAUCCCCGUGCUGGGAGUUGGGAUCGAGCACAAAUGUGGUUUGAGAACCACAGCUUUAGGAAACCAGCAGUGGUUCUUCUUGAUCAUUGCGCCAAAGAACCCUUUCUGGCCCGGUCUUGUUUUAAGCGUGUACUCCAGCCUGCAGGACCUGGCUGUGUUUGCUCCUUUAAAUCGUUGUGCUGCUUUUGUAGUAAGGGUGGGGGGGGGUGGGAGGGGGGCUGGGGGGGUCCAGCCCUGCUUAAACUUGCCAUGAGAAGUCAAAGGUCAUUCCAGAAGCUGCUUGCUGCGUGAAUAUUUCAGUGCCGGAGGUCGCGGGACCCCCGGAGGCUGAGUGGUCCGUGAGAGUGCCUAUCUCUCCUGCAGUGCUGAAUGUAGGACGCCAUGCUUGGAGCUCUGUAACCCUGUAGGUACUGAAAGUGUUGAUUGUUUAUUUUUGUUGUUGAUUAUAAUUACGCUUUUGUGUUUUUUAUAUACGUUUGUACUUGCAGGUCAUUUGGAAGCUGUACAGCUGUUGUAGUACUUUCAUGGCUUUCAUGGCUUCAUGAGAUCUGUUUCCUGGAGCAUUUGGGACUUUUCACAGUGGGAGAAUUGGAUUGGAUCAUCCCAAACAUAUAUAUUGUUGCUCAUAUGUCCGUUUCUGUCCGUUUUCCAUUUUUUGACAUAAUUUGAAAAAGGAAGUUCCCCUUCAUGUUGUGUCAAAAUGUCAUGAUGAGCCGACCAGCAGAAAUGGUCCAAAAUUACUUCCAUUUUUACUUCCAUUAAAAGUGUGUUUUUUCUUGUCCUCUUGUUUACACACUCCUGAGCAAAAAAUGGGCCAAAAUAUAGUGUUUUUUCUGAUGGUUUUGCUGGUCAGAGUCCAGAUUUAAACCCUAUAGUGAAUAUUUGGUCUCACAUUAAACACAAACCAGCUCAGCAGUGUUUCCAGCUGUUUGAAGCCGUCAGUGCUGAGUGGAUCAAUACUGACUCUUCUUUCUGUAAAAGACUGUCUGAAUAAAUUCACACACUAAACUACAACACUUAGAGAAAUCAGUGAAAAGCUGUUCACACUGACUGACUGCAGCUGUUUAUGUAUUGAUUUGUUGUUAAGACCAUUAAAAGCUUAGUGUUUUGCCAUUUUCCCAGGAGUGUGUAUUUAGUGCGUAUAUAGAAGCCUGUUUUAUUCAAACAUCACUGUCACAGUGAUGCACUGUCUUGCCAUGAAAUAUGAUUGUAUAAUCAUUUCUUCACUAGCGCCCUCAUGAGAUUUACUAUAGUGUUAGCACCAUGCUAGCAACGGUGUACUUUCACUUUCCAACAAAAGGUUGAGCUUCAGUCAUAAUAACUAUUAACUAAAACCAAAAUAUAAAUAUAAAAUCAUAUCGGCUGUUUAUCAGAAAUUCAAGCCCCCUCAAAUCGGUACCAGACACAGAACAUUCGUUUGUACUGUGAGUUGCAGUUUUACAGUGAAUUCUUGACUAAAUGUAUCAGAUUACAUCCUCACUCCAUCACCUCUUGGGAUGGAGGGUCAGGGCCCUCGGACAGGGGUACACUCUAAAAGAGGGUUCUUCAGUGGUUAUGUAGUAAAGCCAGUGGUUCUAUGUUGAAUCAUAAACACUCAGAGAACCAUCUGUGUGCUUAAAUGGUUUUUUUCAUGGUGAAAUGGUUCUUCAGACUGAUGGAGAAUGAGUUGUAACCUCUUACAGAGAAAAGCAGUUCUGUUAGCUAACGAUAGCAUUUCAUAGCAUUUCACUAGCUAGCUUGUUUUGCUGUGCUAAUGAUCGUACUCCAGACGGUGAAGGAGGAUGGACUAGAGGAACUUGGGGGUGGGGUUAGAGCUGAAAUCCAGCACCAGAAGUUUUAAGGCUUUUACACACCGAACACCAAAAACAGCAUGAAAAGGCGAAAAUAUUCAGACGCCUUUUUUUUUUUUGCAUGUUGUCGUUUUUGAACUUCUUUGUUUUUCGCAACUUGAAAAAAAUAGGCAUAACAUCUGUAUCAAUCCAGAAAAUUACUUUUGGCAGAAUAUAUUUCAAAACGCCCUUCAAAACGCUCCUCAUAAAACAGACAGACUGUGACAGUGCAGGAUUCUCCACUGUGGAACAGCGAUAGGAGAACAGAGUUUCUCCUCAUGCAGGAGCUGAAACUGUACGAGCUCUUCCACUCACAGCUGUGAGUCUGAGCAGAUUUUGGAGCUCCACACGAGACGAAGCUCAAAACAAACAGGCUGCAAAAAUGAUCUGAUUCUUUGCUCCCAGCAGAGCAGACAGACGGGGACGCUGAGCUACUGACCGUUUGGGAAAAGUGAAAGUGGCGUGACGAGCUUCAUCUCCUCAUUCAGAAGCUGAAUGAGUUCUUCCACAUUUAACUGGAUGUUUGUAGCUCAGUUUGAGCUGUUCUUGGAGAUUCUGGUCCUUUUAGCUUUUGUGUAAAAGUUCUAUUUGUUGCUCAGUCUUCUUGGUUGUCAUCAUGCCAACAGCAGAGGCAGCCAUGAUUGGUCAGUGAGUUUUGGCGCUGGCGAAUAUUCGCAGAAAUUGAACAGAGGGCGAAUAAAAUAACAUCACAUUUUCGCUGCCUGUGCAAGAUAUCAUCAGCUACACGUGAUCGAAUGUAUUUACUGUCGUCCGAAUAAAUCACACCAGUGUAUCGGCGUGUAACGGCCUGUACAGUUCUCCGUCUCUCUGUGUCACGUCUGUGACUAAUUAUAAACAAACCAGCGCAAACCUGGACCACAUCGUGAAAAACAAUAAUACGUGUCUGGACUGUACCUAAUUUUAGGACUGAUACUGUAGGGCAACUAUCUAAGUCUUCAUUCUAUCAUUGGGAGACCAUGAGUUCGAUCCCCAAUUAUGCCACAGUCGUCCAUAACCAGGCGCCGUAUUACAGAAACGUCCUCUUUUUAAUCUUAAGAUCUGACAGGUCAAGAUUUCUCACACGUUCGUAUUGCAGAAUCAAAUCUGAUCUUAAUUUAGAAAUUUUAUCUUAUCUUACAGCCUCUAAUCUCCAGUUAGGAAAUCUUAACUUACUUGAUCAAAGUCAACGAUCGACUGUCAUGUCUGUUUCCUAGCAACCGACCAUAAACACACAGCUGAAACGUAAACACGUCAUCAAAAUAGUGUUAAAAUGUGAGUUAAGCUGCUGAUGUAAAAAAGGUCAAACAGAACUAAAGAGUGAUAAGCUGUGAGUAGUGAAUACUGUGAGAGCGCCCCCUGCUGUGUAUCAGAGCGUCGCCGCUCCCCAGUUUCAGUCUCCAUUUCCCAAACCCUUUAGCCGAGCGCGCUAACGUUACUCCUCCUAAUAAACAGACACACGUUCAGCUCCGCCUCCUCAUUAUUCACCACCAUCACUGUAAUAUUUCAUCAUCAACAUUAACACACGAAGGUAAAAGUUCUGUUUGCUGCUCCAUCAUCUUGGUUGUCGUCAUGCCAACAGCAGAGGCGACCAUGAUUGGUGAGUUUUUGUCACUGGUGAAACAGAGGGCGAAUAAAAUAACGUCACCCAUGCAAGGCAUCAUCAGCUACACGUGUUUCAAUUAGUUUGCCGUCGUCCGAAUUAAUCGCACAAACAAAUUGUCGUGUAACGGCCUUUACAGCUCUCCGUUUCUCGUAACGUUUGUGAGAUCACAUCUGUGACUAGUUGUGAACAAACCAGUGCAAACGUGGACCACAUUGUGAAAAACAGCAUUGAGUGAAACUCUCAGACGCUCCAGGAAACAGAGUUUGGGAUGUGAAACACUUUGAGUCACCUUUUUGUACAGUUCACUGUGGGUAGCGUGUGUGUUCUGCUGUGUCGUGUUGGCUUCUGCACACACACACUCACACUCGCGUCCCGCGCAUUCAGAGACGGUGGACUGUGGAACAGAACUAACAGAAGAACCGGCUUACGAAGAGAUCGAGGCUCGUUCUGAAUCUGAUUCUGUUCAGACUGAAUUCUGGCUCAGGAUGAAAUGGAUCAAAAACUGGACUAGAUGACUGAACACUAGUGGAACUACAGAGAGAGAAAUAUAUAUAAAUAUAUAAAUAUAUAUAAAAGAUAUAUACAUUGUAUUUGAAAUUCACUCAUUAAGCCUGUGUAAAUACAAAUGUAUCACUUCUCGUCUUCUCAGAUAUUACAGACAAAUGUUAACAGAUAUUUUUGAUUAAGCCAGUUACCACGGUUACGAAAUCAGUGUUGCGUCUGAAUCUGGGUUUGCAGUGGAUGAUUUGGGUGGUGAAAUCAGUGAAGAGGAAGAUUUUUAUCGUUUGAUUUUUUUAGAUGAACAUUCUCAUGUCAUGUCUUAAUGGUUUGGGCUUUAAAUGUUUGGACAUUGUUAUUGUACGUGUUUUCUAUACUGUACUUGCCAAGAUAAACCCAUCAAUCACAUAUAAACUAUCUACCAAUGACAAA